ACGAGCAAGCAGUCUCAACUACAGCGACGACCACUUCCCAUCUGCUCAAAAGACCAUUCAUGCUGCUCUGAAUGACAAUCAUAUGCUAGGCUCCUGCUCAAUCUGAUAGAUUCCAAUUCUGCUGCCUAGCUCAUGGCGUCCCGAGACCGGACAGGCCUCUUUCUCUCCUUCAGAGCAGCUUAUGACCAUAAUGCGUCCUCUGCUUUUCGCGGCUCUCGCUAUAGUCUAGACCAAGAUGAAGACAGGCAAACGCUCCUUGCUCAGUCUGGUCUAGACUCUCUCGCAAAAUCAGAUACAGUCAUUGCAAUGGAUGUACUGCCACCACGCUGGGUCGACAUGACCGACGAAGUCGAUGAACAUCUCGCCAAGAUUCGCAAGAUUCAGCAGCAGCAGCUCGAACCGCUCCAUCGUAAGCACAUGCUGCCUGGCUUUGACGAUCGCACGGGGGAAGAACGCGAGAUUGCAAAACUCACAACAGACAUCACCCGCUUAUUUGCACAAUGCAGCAGGCUCAUCAAGCAAGUCCAGCGACAAGCACAAGAACCUGACAUACGCGAUGUGGAUCGCUUGAUGGCACGUAACGUGACACAAGCACUCGCUGCGAAAGUGUCUGCUGAGAAUGGAGAAUUUCGCAGAGCGCAGAGUAAAUAUCUCGCUCGCAUGCGUGGCCAUAUGCCUGCGCGCACGCUUGCCGUCGAACAAGAUUCAAGGAGAAGAAGUGAUGCCGAGUCGAGUGUCGGUCUGUCGAACCAACAACAGCAACAGCAGCAACGGCAAAAGGGCGGUCGAAUCGAUGCAGUCAUAUCGCAGCGUGAGCGCGAAAUCGAUGCGAUUGCACAGGGCAUCACUGAGAUUAGCCAAAUCUUUCAAGAGCUCAACAGUAUGGUGAUUCAUCAAGGAACUUUGCUUGAUCGGAUCGACUACAAUAUCGACACGAUGCAUGUCAGUAUGCAGCAGGCAUCAAAGGAACUCGUUAAGGCAGAGGGCUAUCAAGCGCGUUCAAGGAAACGCAAGCUUAUGUUGCUUUUGGCAUUGCUCAUCCUUGCGGCCAUCUUGGUACUCAUCUACAAGCCUAUUGCAAGACGGCGCGCCUCGCCACCCAUCAUUGAACCACCAAAUGGUAUUGAGCCAGAGGUACACUUCAAGUAGACACAGUCUAGUUUAAUGCCAUAUCAUGAAUUCGUUCUGGCUCGAGCAAUC